GGAAUUAUGAAAUUGCGCAAUAAGGUACGGUACCCUAGCCCUGGCUUCAGCUAGCUCAGGCGAGUUUUCUGAGGGCGAAUUCUUAUGAAACUCGCUGCUGCAAAAUUUUUAUUCCAGAACGAACGUACCGGUACGUACGGCUUCUACGGUUCUAGCUAGCUCUGCUGCCCGGUACUUUCGGGGGCCGGCCGACGUAUCGGUACGGUGCGCUAGCUGAGCCGCGAGGAACCGUCUCACAGACUCUUCUUACUUAGCUUAUGCCAUCAUCUUUUGUAAAACUGACGUAAAAACUGAAAGGCAUCAGACAUAGGGGCAUACAGAUAGUGGCAGUGGUGAGGUCACCUGUGAACAAAUUUACCAUUUAGACUGGACUCUGGACUGGAGAUUAAUCAUCAAUGUUACCGGUAAUUGUAGCCUGAGACAUUCACGACAUUAUUGAUUGAAAGUGAACUUCAGUCGUGGAGACGAGACACUGGGAAGUUGUGACAAGCAGACUGCCUCCAUGUAAGGUGCGUUAGUAUGCAAGGUAGCGAGGUGAGCAUAGGAGCUCAGGAUAAGAACAGUAAGGAUAGUCGUCAGCAUCGAGUCCCACUCAUAGAAGAUCCUCACAUGGUGGAAGUGUCUGUUAACCUCAAGGGUGAUGGCAGGCAAGCCAGCCAGAUAUCCUCAUCCCAUGGAAAUGUUUGGCGUAAGAUUGUUUCAUCCUUACUGGCUGGGGCAGCUGCUGGAGCUGUUGCCAAAUCGGUCAUUGCUCCCCUGGAUCGUACAAAGAUUCUCUUUCAGACAUCAGAUAUGAAAUUUUCUGUAAGGAAUGCAGUUGGUGUUCUUAGCGAUGUGUACCAGAAGGAAGGAUUGGUUGCCUUGUGGAGGGGUAAUUCAGCAACGAUGGUCCGAAUCAUCCCAUAUGCUGCUAUCCAGUAUGCAGCGCAUGAACAGUACAAAAAACUCCUCAACACCCAAAAUACACAGAACCUAACCCCUGCACGACGAUUUUUGGCAGGGUCUCUAGCAGGUGUUACAGCAGCUUCCUUGACAUAUCCAUUGGAUGUCCUCAGGGCUAGAAUGGCAGUCACUCACAGAACAAGUUACAAAGGGAUCUUGUCAAUGUUCCUAAUGACACUCAGGGUGGAUGGAAUGUCCAGUUUUUACAGAGGUUUUCUCCCUACAGUACUUGGUGUUAUACCCUACGGGGGCAUCAGUUUCUUCACAUAUGAAACCCUCAAGAAACGACAAAGAGAGUACACAGAUGCUGCGGAGCCAAGUCCUACAGAAAGGCUUGCGUUUGGAGCAAUUGCAGGUCUGUGCGGCCAGUCAGCAUCCUAUCCCUUGGAUGUCAUCAGACGACGUAUGCAGACGGCAGGAAUUACCAAGUACUCCUAUGACUCUGUCUUGAAUACAGGGAGGAACAUUGUGCAGGAAGGUGGUGUGAUUGGAGGCCUGUACAAGGGGCUCAGUAUGAACUGGAUCAAGGGACCUGUUGCAGUAGGAAUCAGUUUCACAGUCUUUGACCUGACCUUGAAAUGGUUGUCUCAGACAUACCUCUUCAGGGAUGAUUCAUAAUCCUGCGCUCAUGAGGAAUCUAUGCAGUGUGUGUUCUGUUCAAAACAUCAGUGAUUUUAUCUUAUUUCCAAGUUCUUAUCUUCCUCGUACAAGAUCUGUACCGCAUUCUGUGCAUCCUGCUUGCAUGACCAGUCAAAGUGAAAUUGAAAAUAAGACUCCUUGGAUGAGAUUCAUAAACAGCAGAGGUCAGUGCAGUUGUGUUAACAAAUUUGUUCAUUGUUCCUUUUACAGUUCUAUAUAUGUCUUAAUGCACAAUCAGUUUGCAUACAAUGCAUUAAAGGUUAAUGGUGAUACUGUUUCCUAAUUGUCUUGGCCAGUUGCAUGAAAUUGACAGUAAUUGGUUGUUACUUCCUAAGAAACCUUUAAUUUUAUGACAGGCUUUACACUAAUUGUUGUUUUGUUGAGCUUCCUGUAUUUGAAGCCUGGAUGAAGCUGUUUGUUAAAAAAAGGAGUUUGAUGCACACUCUUUGAUCACAAAUUGUCUUUUAAAAUUACAUUUUUAUUUGAUGUCUAUUAUAGUCUAUGCAAUCUUGUUAUAUGUAACACCAUAUCAGUGCCUAGCCUGCUCGAUUACAUGUGAAUAUGUAAAAUAAAUACAGAGCUGAAAGUCCAACUACUACAGAAGAUGGACAUUCUUUUUGUGCUUGUUAUUUACACCGCAUUCAUGAUAACUUGCACUCAAUUAUGAUUGGUUUUUACUUUUUACCCAUUGUUAUAUGGGAUUUGUAUGAUCCCUGAUGUACAUUAUCAGAAUGUGGUUGUCAAUAACAGUUAUUAGUUUUCCAUUUUACACAAAAUUUGAAAACAUGACCCACCCCUCCCCCUCUACAAAAAAUGAAUAAAUAAAUAAAUGAAAUGACUUGCUGCACACAGAGCAUAGAUAUAUAUUAUAUUUAUAAUUUAUUUCUGUCAAAUCUAGCUACAAUUUCAGUCGGUGGAAUUGGAAUAUGGCACAAGGUUCCAAAUCAAAUGUUAAAUCUUCAAUAGAAUUCCUUGCUCAUCGAUGAUCACUUUGUUUGCCCUCCUGCCAAGAUAAAAACGUUUGAUCCAAAAGUAGCCCCUAAAAAUUAUGAAAAAUGCCUAUUUCAGCUAAAUCUGAAAAUGAGCUGUCUUGAGUUCAAUAUCAAUUUGUAAAGAGACUAUGGUAACACCAGAUUUCAAAUAGUGUUUUAGAAUGAGAGAUACAUUAGAUGAUUUGUUUAUCCUAAGUUAUUUUGUAAAUUCUAUGGUACAUUUUAUGGUCAUCCCAUAUAUUUCUUUAUCAUAUAAAUGUAGUGCAAUCAAAUAUACCAUUUGAAGAGAAUUCAGUUCAUCCAUUAAUAGAAACACUAAUUUUUCUUCAUGAAGUAGACUGUCCUUGUAUAUUGCCAAGAUAAUUUUAAGGAAAAUGGUACUGAACUCAUUUACUACUUUAUACUUAACAGAGGGGUAUAUUGCCAAUUCGUCUAAGUCUGCCAACUCGUCCACUCACCACAUGGUCUGCUUUCAUUUAGUCUAAUGCCAUUCCGUCCAUCAACAUUUCGUCUAACAACCAUUAGAUGAAUUGGAAAUAAACCAAUAGAGGAGCCACCCAGUUUCAGUUGGCAAUGAAUAUAAACUACAAUGUGAACAUCAUGUCCCCUCCCAACGUCAGUCACAGAAUAUUUGACAAGAUUUAAAUUGUACACACUUAUUUAUUUUUAUAAAAUUAUUUUUAGCUCAUCGGGAUCGAAGGGCCAGAUGAGCUUAUGCCGUGGCGUGGCGUCCGUCGUCCAUCCACAAGUUCAAAAUGCUUCUUCUUUAGCACUAGGUGGUGAUUCAAAACUUCCACACAGAAAUCUGAAACUCAUUAAAUAUGAUGCUAAUUUAUGCACAUUUUUCAAACUUCACAUAAAAUGCUUCUUUAUUUGUUGACCGAUUUUGAUUUUUUUUUCUUCCAUCUGGUAAAGCUUCAUUGAGGUUCAUCAAACUUGUACACGGGAUUUUGAAAUUUUGAGUAAAAAUUAUUUAUGCUAAUUUAUAUAAAAUUUAUACAUAAAUCACAGAAAAUACCUCUUAUUCUUUAUUUGUUGACCAAUUUUGAUUCUUUUCUCUUCCAUCUGGUAGAGCUGCACGAGGUUCACCAAAAUUCUACACAGAAUUUUGAAAUUUUUACUAGAAAAUUUUUAUGAGCUUUAUGUGAAAUUAAUUAGUGUAUUUUUCAAAAUUCACAUAAAAAUGCUUUUUCUUCUUUAUUUGUUGACCGAUUUUGAUUUUUUUUUCUUCCAUCUGGUAGAGCUCCAUGACGUUCACCAAACUUGUACACAGAAUUUUGAAAUUUUGACUAGAAAAUUAUGCUAAUUUAUGUAAAAUUUAUUCAUAAAUCACAAAAAAAUGCUUUUCUCCUUCAUUUGUUAAUCAAUUUAAAUUUUGUUUCCUUUAUAUGAUAGCUCUAGGUGGGGAUACAAAAUUUCUACACAGAAUUUUGACACUCAUUAAAUAAGCUAAUUUAUGCAUAUUUUUACAUGUUUCGGAAUUAGGAAGUGUAACCAGAAAAACAUGAAAGUUACAAUUACAGGUUUUGUCCAGCACUCACAUUUAGGUUUUUUCCAUCUUUUCUGCAACUUAUUUUUGAUAAUUUUCUUAAAUAUAGGUAUGAUAUAAUGUCCUUUAUUGACCUGCAUUUAAGAAAGAGCAAAAAUAAAGCUUUGGGAAAUGUCAUUCAAGUCUUGGAAUUGCCCUCCUCGGGGUGACCAGACAUCCCAUAUUUCCUGGGAUCGUCUCGUAUUUUGCUCCUUAGUCCCUCCAUCCUGGCAAACCCCUUACUGGGAUGCCUAUUUGUCCCGUAUUUCAGAAUAUUGAACAAAAUAUAAUCAAGUAUAGAAAAGUGAAGAAUUUUCAUCAAAUAACCAACAGAUGACAAAGCAGAGAAAACAAUAAAAUCUAUUAUCGUAAACUUUUGUAAGUUCUGCGGGGAUUUUCUUGCUAUCCGAUAUUAAUGCUAAUGAAAAUUUAUGUGUAUGUUGUUAUUGUUUUAGCUUAUACAUGUACGGCGCGUAUCAUUCAGCAGUGAAUACUUCCGCCAACAUUGUGUAGCCUUCUUUGUUGAUUUAUUUUUUAUUACAACCUGCCUCGGUCGAUCCAGUGUGGUCGAUCCGCUUGUGCAUCGUGCUUUGUCCCGAAUUUCAUUUUGUGAAAUCUGGGCUACAUAACCCAAAGAUGAGCGAUCAAUCGCUAAAUGAACUGACCAAUCAAUAUCAAUGUUACACGUGCAUUUGGUUUAAAAUACUGACCAGGGACCAAUCAGUGCAGAUCUUUCACAUUUGCAAUCCAUCGCAAACCUUUGUGUUACGGAGCCCUGGUCACCCUCCUACAAAAUCCUGAUUUAUCACACUUACAUUUACAUGUUGCGUUGAUUUUAACAAUUAACAGUACACUGUAGUCUUUAUAUGAAAAAUGAUGCUGACCAUGGAUAAUAGCAGUGUUUUCCACAUUGCAGAAUUUCAUCUAAAUUUAACUACCGAUUGAGUACAUUUACUGUUGUGUUGAGUAUUUUUGUUCCCAAUUCCUGGUACAACAAUAACAGACUUCACAGAGAUGAUAGUUCAGACAACUGCAAGCCUGUUGCAGAAAGGGGAAAUCCCUCAGGAUAAUAUGCUAUGUUUAACAAUAGGCCUAUUAAUGUUCAUAUUCAUGUCAUAGUAUAACUGCUGUGCAAUGGUUGUUUGGAGGGGGGACUGCUGAAGGGUAUUGUCAUGCCCAUUGUGUUACCCUCAAGCCUGGCCCGUAUUCUGAAGACACUGACAGGUUUAUUAAACUUAGACCACGGUCUAACUCUGUGCUACAAUUAUAGGGAGCCAAAAACUC